CCAACAACACUAGCCCAGUAGCAAUCAGUUUCACAAUCUCUCUCCACCACAGCACUCCUCCUCACCUUUUUCCUUUCCCGCAACCAGGAUUCUAAACCCUUUCUCUCUCCUCGAGCGUGGUCAGUAGUAGGCCAUCUCAACACCACCUCCAGGGACGGUAUCCAGAGAGAGAUAGAAAGAGAGAGAGGGAGGGAUAGAGAGAGUGAGAGUGAGAGAGAUUUGAAUCCGGAAUAGGUUCCUGAGAGAGAAGAGUUUGAUAGACAUAGUUGGGUGGGCUCAUGUGUGAAUUUCUUUGAAGGAGAAGAGGGAGAUGGCGGCACCGGCAGCCACAGCCCCUGCCCCAGCUAUGGUGUCCAUGGGUGUCAGCCAAGUUUUGGGGAUUGGUAGCGGAAGUGCGAGAGGAGUGUUGCGAGCUGGUUUGUUGCGGAGGGAGGGUUCAGUGCAUGCGCCCCCGUGUGUAAUGUAUGGGUGUGGGAGGGUGGUGUGCAGGAGUUUGCUAGUGAGGCGGAAUUUGGUGGCUGCUAGGGGGUUGCGUGGCUCCUCGUCGUCUGCAUUAGUGGGAGCUAAGGUUAGACGAUUUUUGUUGGCCUCAAGGCACCUUACCUCUGCGGUUUCGGUGUCCACGGAGUCGGCUGUUUCGGUGAAAGCUUACGAUAGUGGAGUGGAUAAUGAAGAUCGUGAAAGCAGUCAGUCUGUGACGACAUUGCAGUCUCCGGAGAAUGAAUCAAUUGGGUUGAAACCUCCCUCACUGAAGCCUGCUCCCAAGCCUGUGGUGCGCCCGAACGGAAUUUCGCGAUCCGAGCAAGCGAUUCCACCGCUGAAGCCUCCUCCAAGUCCUGCUUCACGUCCGAAUGGAAUUAGGAAUGAUGAGCAGGGUGGGGGUUUGGGCGCUGGAAACGAUGAUUCUAUGACGUUGAAGACUCCUCCCAGGCCCGUGUUGCGGCUCAAUAGGAGUAGUCCAGCAAGGCCACAGCAAUCUCAAGAGGGUGAAAUUCCGUCUCUGGGUCAAAUUUUAGAGAACGUGGAGAAACUAGGUUCGAACGAGGCUCGUCCUGCGACUAGUGCUGGUGCAGGUGGUAGAGGGCCGGUUCGAGCCCGACCGGUGACCACGCAACCAGGUGCAUGGAGAGCUGGAGAUAAAAUAAGGACGAAGUCCGAGAGGGAGAGAGAUGCAGCAGCAGCGGCAGCAGCAGCUGCACCAGAGAGGCGAACAGAAUCGGCAAAUAAAGAUGAAGAGCAAGAGACCUCAAUAUCUAUGGAUUCUGAAAUUCCAAAAACCCAACGACCUCGCGUACAAUUGAACACUUUAGCGAAACCUACUGUCAGACCUCCUCCAGCUGCUUCUCAGAGAGGUCCCGUCUUGAAGGAUGUGGGAGCAUCAGGACCUGCGCUGAGAGACGCUUCAGCUGCUCCCCGGAAGGGCCCUAUCCUGAAGGAUGUAGGUUCAAGAGGACCGAUACUGAAGGACGUUGGAGCUGCGCCUCGGGGGCAAUCUUCUAGAGUCUCUACAUCCCCACCCGCCAACAUUGGACCUUCUGGCCCGCCAAAACCCUUUUCGAAGCCAGCGAUCAAGGGCAAAGAAGACUGGCGCAAGAAAGCAGCUAGCAAUGUUUCAGAUGGUGCGAAAAGAAGAGUUGCUCGUAAGCAAGACUCCUUGGAUGGUGAUAUGAUGGGAGCUAAGGCUCGUCGGGGUGGCAAAAAGAUGACUAAGGCCAGCCGGAAAGCCAUCAAAAUGGAAGCUGCGCGGGCUGCAGCACCUGUGAAGGCCGAAAUUUUGGAAGUUGGGCCGGAGGGUAUGUCGUGUCAAGAUUUGGCAGCAGCACUUGCUUUGAAUGACAGUGAAAUUGUCAAGGUUCUGUUUAUGAAGGGCAUUGCCAUCACAGUGAAUCAAACUCUUGAUGAGGAUACAGUGAAGUUAGUCUGCAAGGAGUUUGAAGUGGAGGUCGUAGAGGCUGGAACAAUUAGGGUGGAAGAUUUGGCGAAAAAAUCAAAUACUUUCAUUGAUGAUGAGGAUUUAGAACACCUUGAGUCUCGGCCUCCGGUUGUGACAAUCAUGGGUCAUGUCGAUCAUGGCAAGACUUCGUUGCUCGACUUCAUCCGAAAAACAAAGGUUGCUGCUGGAGAAGCAGGGGGCAUCACCCAAGGCAUUGGAGCUUAUUCCGUUGAUGUGACGGUCGAAGGUGAAGUACACCCAUGUGUCUUCCUCGACACUCCAGGUCACGAGGCAUUUAGUGCUAUGAGAGCUCGUGGGGCUCGAGUCACCGAUAUUGCCGUCGUGGUUGUGGCUGCCGACGAUGGAGUGAGGCCGCAAACACUUGAGGCCAUCGCCCAUGCAAAAGCAGCGGAUGUGCCAAUAGUUAUAGCUAUCAAUAAGAUUGACAAAGAUGGAGCAAAUGCAGACGUUGUGAUGCAGGAGCUCUCUUCUCAUGGUCUGAUGCCCGAAGAGUGGGGAGGUGAUAUUCCCAUGGUGAAAGUUAGUGCGAAAAAAGGAACAGGGGUCGAUUCUCUGCUUGAGAACGUUGUUUUAGUCGCAGAGCUGCAAGAGUUGAGUGCCAAUCCCGAAAGAACGGCUAAAGGAACUGUCAUUGAAGCAAGUUUGGACAAAGCCAGAGGGCCGCUCGCUACAUUGCUCGUUCAAAAUGGUACUCUCCGGAAGGGUGAUAUUGUGCUUUGUGGAGAGACUUAUGGAAAGGUUCGUGCUUUGAUGGAUCAUACCGGCGCCCGGGUGGAUGAAGCAAGGCCUUCAGCAGCUGUUCAGAUUUUGGGUCUAAACGAAGUACCGGUGGCUGGUGACGAGUUCGAAAUUUUUGAUUCUCUGGAUGUUGCAAGAAGCAAGGCACAAGAGCAUGCUGAAGUUAUGCGUCAAAGUAGGCUUGCAGCUCAGGCUGGAGAAGGCAAGGUCACACUUCACUCGUUUGCUAAUGCUGUUGCAGCCAGUGCGGAAACAGGAGUGGAAAGACACCAGCUUAAUGUGGUUUUGAAAGUUGACGCCCAGGGGUCCGUUGAAGCAAUUAGGGAAGUGCUUCAACAAUUACCUCAGGACACAGUUGCCUUGCGCUUCUUGCUGCAGUCAACCGGUGAGAUCAGUGCCAGCGAUGUGGAGUUGGCAGUUGCAAGUGGUGCUGUUGUGAUCGGAUUCAAUGUUGGUGUACAGCCAAGUGUAAAAACACAGGCAGACGCUGAAGGAGUUGAGAUACGAUUGUAUCGCGUCAUAUAUGACCUUGUAGAUGACAUUCGCAAAGCCAUGGAGGGGCUGUUGGAAGAUGUGGAGGAGGAAUUGCCAAUUGGUGAAGCUGAAGUAAGAGCCGUCUUUGGGGCUGGAAGUGGCAAAGCAGCUGGUUGUAUGGUAACUGAAGGCAAACUGGUGAAGGGCUCUGGAAUUCGUGUCAUGCGGGGGAACAACUCUGUGCACGUUGGUUCUAUUAAUUCGUUAAGACGAGUAAAGGAGCUCGCCAAGGAGGUACCUGCCGGUUUAGAGUGCGGAGUUGGUGCCCUCGACUUCAAUGAAUGGCAAGUUGGCGACAAAAUCAUGGCAUUUAAAUUGGUGGCGAAAAAGAGGACCUUAGAAGAUGCCUCAGUUACUGUUAAUGCUGCUGUUAACACUCUAACACUUCACAAUCAGUAGAUGUUUGAAACAAUCUUCUAUCUAAGGUUCUUAAUCAUGAGGUGGUAAGAUAACCCACCCUCCAGUAUGGGGGACCACCUCAUCUUGUACCAUCUUUACAGCUUCAUUACUUGAUGUAGUUUUUCCGAGAUGUAAAUGAUGAUAUCAUGCAAUUCGACGUAGUGGUCUGUCCACAUCGUGACAUAUUCCAUAGCAGGAAACCAGUUCUGUCAGCUUAGGAUAACGAAUCAAGUGGGUUGUAGUUCGGAUCUAAACACUCUAGUUUAUGGAGGAUACCCGCUUUUUAGAAUGGGGUAGCAUUGAGUGCCGUGCUCGAUCAUUUCCUCUGGCUUCAUUGAGCUAGAUCUAUCCAGGUAGUUUAUUUUAGAUGGCCUUGUUACACUGAGUGGGGUCCCUCAUUUCUUAUGCCUUUGGCAUAUUUGAAGAAAAUAUUGAUUUGUUCAUCAAGCGCCUGCUGCAUUGGAUUUAGUCAGUAUCCUUGUAUCCUCCUUCGUAACUAACGAAAUGUAAUAUUUUCCUGGGAGUCACUAUGUCUUUCAAAUUCAA